AUGGGAGAUAUGGCGCUGUGUAUCAUCGCCGUCAUCAUUGACAUCGCGGUUCAGGAAGGGCUCAGCAAGGCGCGCAAUGAUGUGCGCGAUCAGGAGUAUAUCAUGGGAGAUAUACAACAGAGCUUCCUUACUGCGUAUUCCCAACCAAUCGAGUCGUUGGCUAGCGACAUCUGCAAGCACGUCAAAACUCUUUACACCCAGCUGACAAUGGAGCCGACGUUCCUUGUGCAUCCGAAGUGCCCAACGACGGACUGUCAAAUGGUGUUCUACAACAUCACUACCCAGGGAGACUUCUCUUUCGUUCCGCCUACUUGCCCCUCAUGUCAUACUGUUCUGAGGGCGUCCGGGGAGUGGAAGGAGAGAAGGGUGCAUCACCUCCCACGCCGAACAAUCGCAGACGAGCUGCAACAUGUCUUCUCGAUGCCUCAUACCGAGCGGCUGAUCGAUAAUCGAAGAAUGAUGCGACAAGUAGUCAAGGAGAGGGAUGAGAGGUACAUGCCAGAGUUUGCAGCCCGUGCUGGUCGAGUCCUUUGCCACCAGCUCGACGGUGCAGCGUACAGUGGUGAUACCCCGCAGCGAGAAGAAGACUCUCUUCUGAUCACUAUCAACUUCUCGAUCGAUUACUCCAGCCCAUCCAAGUCUCUCCAAGGGCAACAUAAAUCAGUUGGGGUCAUCAUGGGUCAGGUCGCUGAGCUUCCCAAUGCGUAUCGCACCAAGUUCCACUAUAACUUGAUGCUGGGGAUGACGCCUGUUCCAAGAGAGCCUCCUUCCCGUCUCCUCUACCGUGUCUUGCUCGGUUUUGGGAUGGAGCUACUUGCUGGCUGUACCGAUGGCCUGUGGAUCAAGACUCCGAAGUACCCAGCUGGUCGCAAGAUAUACCUUCGUGUUGGAGCCAUUAGCUGCGACCUCCCUGCCUCUGUGGCUGUCACUGGCCUCCCUCACUACAGAUGCAAGAAGGACCUCUGCCCGAAGUGCACUGUGUCUCACGAGCAGAUGCACUUGAUACAGUCGUUCCCGCGAAGGUCUGGCGUCGAGCACACACGCACAAUGCUUCGCCAAAUGGCGGAAUUUCUCCAAGAGGUCAAGGAGCUUCCUCAUAAAUCUACAUCAAGCUGGAUCUCUCAACACGCUGGCCAAGUCCUCCGUGCGCAAAAGAAGGCUGUUGAGGAUCUUCACAAAAGCAUAUUCCAGACCCCUGGACAUCUUUCCGUCUUCGACCUUCUUCCCCAUUUCGACAAGGUCCUCCACAUGACUGGCGAUCCCAUGCACAACACCCUCGAAGGUAUACUACCUUAUUUUGCCAGGCGUGUCCUGAUGAAGGGGCGAUUCUGCGCAGAAGUGGAAAAGCAACGGCGGAUUAUAACAGAUGACUAUUUGAAGGGUGUCAGGCCUGAGUUUUUUGAGGAGGAGGACAGUGAAGACGAAGAGGACGAAGAAGGCGGUGAAGGCGAUGAAGGUCAAGGCGACGGGGGCCAGAAGGGCAAAAUUUCUCCCGGCGACGGUCCACCUAUCAUCCGCAAGGACCGGCAAAUUCGUCUCGAAGAAAUGAUGGCGCAGGUCAUUGUACCCUCUUAUCUACCCCAGCUUGGGAAGAAGUUUUUUACCCAGCAAGCAAAGCCAUCUGCCGCACAAUGGCGUACCUUCGGCGAGAUUGUCGGGCCUUUGGUCUUUCCUUGGUUAUGGGCAGAGUCUCGGUCAACAUCGGAUGCUUUACCGGAGCAUGAGUUGGUCGCUGCCCUCAAGCUUUUUGCCAUCAUCAAACGGAUAUUCUUGUCAAGCAUAUCCGAGACCCAGAUCAAGCGCCUGAAGACUCUAAUCAGUGAAUUCAAAGAGAUUGUCCUUGAGCACCACCCGCUACUCCCCUAUUCUACAACCAACUUCCACGAAAUCGACCAUACCCCCGAGGAGAUCCUGGAGCACGGCCCAAUCUACGGAUGGUGGCUCAUGGCUCUUGAGCGCUUGAACGGGCGGGUCAAGAAGAUCAAUACCAGUGGAUGUGAUGUCUAUCAAGAGCAAGUCCUGCAAUUUCGCCCGCUUCUUCGACAGAGGUCUCUACUCUCAGACAUUCAUCAACAGUAUCUGGACCAAGAUCUAUGCCAAGAGAGUGGCGUCCCCAAAGAUGAAGCCGGUCGGGAAGAGGGUAGGAAUAGCCAUAAGAGGACUAUCUUCAGUGCCCUCAUGUCCCACAGCGUUAUCUCUGAGGAUCCGGAUGACGCAGAAGAUCUAGCUAAUCUUCGUCUGUACGACAUCAGCGGUCUGGACCAAGACUUCUCUAUAGACUUGCUCUCGACUGGCAAAGUGACACCCGUAUCCUCUCAAGAUCAAAUCAUCGGACUCUUCUACCAGUUGUCCAAAAUACCCAAGCCCGAUAUUCCGGACGAGUUCCAAUUUCAUCACGAAAUAACUGUACGGGGUCAAACGUUUUGCCCCGUAGAUCCGACCUUCAAGAUUGGACUUACACCAGUCACUCUACCCGAGAUCAUCUGUCGGAGUAACUCCCGUUCAUUCAUCGACAUCCGGAGCCCUAUGAUCCGCUUUGCUGAUGACCAUCGACCCGAACUGGGCGCCAAAGCUAUCAUAUGGGCAAUAGUGUCUCGGACUUGUCAAAGUCCGGAAGAUGGCUCUGUUGGCUCCAGAACUUUGUGGGCCUGCAUUCGGCUGUUUGUUCGUUUGCAACCACCGCCUUCGGCCUUCCAAUACGGUCUCGAGGAAAUGUUGGACAUCGAGACGCUGUCGGCCACUAAGCUCUCGCCUUUGAAACUUUACCAAAUCAAUGCUCGAACCAUCUCAACCCUCAGCCCAAUCGCUCUUCUCAAGGUCCCAUGCGCGCUUCCGUCUGGUGAAACGUCCAUGCUUGCCAGUACGCCCGUGACCAGACAUAUAUAA